ACCAAAACUCUUUUAAAGUUUGCCAACAAGAAACUACAGCAUAUAAGCUGCAGCUAGACACUAUGGUUGCUGAAAAGCUUAGAUCAAAUGUAACCAGUUUGACUCUGUCAAUUGGAUCGUCAAUUAAGGAUGUAUACAACACAACUGGUGCAAAUGUAACAUCCUUAUCAUAUAACAUUAAGGAUAAAGUCACUUUCCACCAAAGAGAUUAUGACAAGGAUGAUGAAUUGAUUGACAUUUAUAAACACAAUAUUAAGAAGUCUAUCCUGGCGCUUAAAUACAUCAGAUCACAAAAUCACAAGUUAGCUCAUGCAUAUUUCCCCAAGUUGUUAUCGCUACACGGUAUGAUUAUUAAACAGUUUAUUGAAAUAAUUGGUCCAAAUUCUCUUUCUUUUAAAGGAAUAGAAGAAUAUUAUCACGAUUUUGAUAUAGCUCAUGCCAGUGAAGAGAUCCCAAUAAUCCACCCCAAGGAAAAGGCAAUUCUGAUUGAAAGUAUCAAUGAGCAAUUGUACAAUUAUUUAAGUACUAUUGAGAGCUUAAAGUUUAGGAUUACGACCGACUGGGAUAUCCAUGAUCAAUCAAUGGAACUUAGAAUAAGUGAAAUGGGCAAGUACUUGAAGAAUGCUUUGAAAUUGAUCAAGAAGAGAAACAAAAAGAGGAAUGAGCAGGAUAUUACACAUAGAAAGAUUGAAAAGUUGAACAAAAAGAAUAUUCCUUUGGAUGAGAAAGAUCAAAAUGAAUUGGUCAAGCUUGAAACAAAGUACAUGGAAAUCGAACGAGUAUUUAAUGGCUACAAUAACCGGACCCUUAGCGUUUUACCCCAUGUUGUUUUAUUCCUUGAUGAAUUUGUAGAAACAAUCACCAAAUUGUUGUUUUGUCAACAAUUAUCCACCUACAAGCACAUAAUGGCGGUUUUGAAUGACUUUUCUGAAUUUUAUGGAAUGUUAGAAGGUGAUUCUUAUCAGACGAUAAUUGACCAAUGGGAGACAGCUAGUACUUCCACCAGACUUCAAAUUGAAUCGUUUAUAACUGUUAUUCAUGAUAGAAAUCCCGAAUUGCUUGAUCAGGAAAUCGAUGGUGAAGAUAAAUCUCUGAAGGCACAUACUUUGUGGGCUAAAAUGACUAGUCGAAUCAAAGAAAAGAAACAUAUAGUAAAGAGUAAAGACCACGAAAAUGGAGUAUUCAACGAUUUAUUGGAAAUUGAUCCAUUGGAUGCAUUCGCAAAAUUUCAAGACCCAAAAAUGAAUAUAAAUGAAACUUAUCAUCCUCAUAAGAAAAUUGAUAUUGAUGACGUCAUAGUCCCUCAAGUUUUGCAAAAUGAAAAGCUGUUACCAAAGGCUCCACCUCCUCCACUUCCACCUCGGGAGAACACCACUGCGCAUGCGAUAUACAACUUUGAUAAGCCACUACCAAGCACCCCAUAUUCACCCUAUUCAACAGGAUUUUAUCUGAACACUACAAAUAAUUACAGCAAUGAUUCUUUAGAAUCAUUACUUACAGAUGAUGAAGAUGAAGAGAGCAAUUCAUCAAAGUCAAGUUUAAGUUCAAAUUCCACCCACCCACUGAUGUUUUACUCCAAUACAGAUAAUCCACUUGAUAAGCAAUUACGUAAGAUUUACAACUCUCUGAAGAAUGAUAUUAGAGCAGCUCCAAUUCCAGACCACUCCCAAGAUAUUACACCACCAGAACAAAUUGAGAAUACCAGUAGUAUCACUUAUAAGCUUGACAAAUUUGAGAAAUUCUUUCAUAAACUUGAUAUCAACAAAGAAUCAACUACACGAACUGCAAAGUAUGAUUUUCAUGGCCAAGAACCUGGUGAUUUAUCUUUCAAGAAAGGUGACCAGAUUGAAAUCAUAUUUGAUUUUCAAAGUGUUGAUACGUUAUACAAUCAAGAUAAUUUAAAUUGGUUAAUUGGGAUAUCUAAAACUGAAAAUAAUUAUAGAAUGGGCUUUGUCCCAAAUAAUUAUUUUGAGUAGGUUCCUAGGGGAUUUAUAUAUGAGAGUAUAUAAAUAUGUAAAUGUAUCGAGCUAGUAACCAACAAAUCUGCAUCUAAUCAACUUCACCUCCUUCAAGCAAUGAAAAUAAUACACCUAAAACCUUGUCAGGAUCAGCUCUUAAUCCAUUGUGGAAGUAUUCACUAGUGAUAUAUUGUUUCAAGUUUCCAAUAGCGAUUACAUUUUGCUUAACUUUUCUAGUUAAUUCAAAAUCAACAUAUUGAUCAUAAACAUAAGUUGCUGCAACAAUAGGUACUUUAUCCCAAGUAAUUGUCCUUAAUACUUCUGGAUCAUAAAGUUUGGACCAAGUUGAAUUUUCAUGUAAUGCAUAAGCUAAUUCCUUGAAUUGACGUAAUUCGGCGUAUUCAUCAAACAUAGAUUUAUAUACCAUUUCACCAGUAAAGUAGACUUGUUCACUGUUGAGAGUAUACUUUGACACAUUAUCGCUAGUAUAUCUCGUUCUAUCUGCACCCCAAUUCGACCUAAUAUUUCCAUCACAAUAAAUAGCUUCUUGGAACAAGGCAUAAAUUACAUUAGUAUCAAACCCGGAUUGAGUUUCAAUUGUAUGCAAGAUUUGAUAAGUUGGAUGGUUAAACAAUUGCAAGUCGUAUGCGAAUUUGGUAACUAUAUCAUGAAUCCUAUCUGUUCCACCAGUAGCACCAAAUCCUAAACCCAAUUGUUGGAACCUUUCUACUGAUAAAUCACCACCAUUAGGUAAUUUUACUUUAUUAGCAUCAAGAUAUUUGCAAAUAUCAACCACCUUUUGUUUAUCUUGAGGAUAUUUGCUGUAAUAGUGGAUAUUUCUUUCUGUUGUACGUUCAUAGGUUGCUUGAUAAACUUGAUCGACAGCGAAUCCAACAGGAGGAACACCACCAGUAAUCAACACUUCUCUAAGGGAAUCAGGGUACUUUGAAAGAUAAGUAAAACUACAAAAUCCACCAUAUGACUGACCAAGCAAGGAAAUCUUGUCAUUAGGAAUCAAUUGUUUGCGAACAGUCUCUAAAUCCUCAACAAUUGAAUCAGCACGGAAGUUCAUAAUAAAAUCAAGUUGAGACUGAACUUCAAAAUUCCCAAAUCUUUGAGUAACCAAAUCCUUGAAUGUAGUUCCUUCCAAGGGAGUACUCAAGCCGGUACCUCUUUGAUCAAGAUAGAUAAUUUGAUACCCCUUGUCCAACAACACUUUAGUCAUGCCUGAAUAAGUAGGCACUUGACAUGGGAAGCCUGGACCUCCUUGAAGAUAACCAAUGAACUUGGGAGACGAAGGAAGUAAAAGCUGCGUAGUGCCAGCAGCUAAAUCUACCCCUUCAGCCUUUUGGGUUAUAUUUACAACCACUUUAAUUUUCAUGCCUUUCGGCUGAGAAUAAUCCAAAGGCAAGUCGAAGGAUACUCUUUGAUUGACUAUUUCCUUAUUACGAAAGCAAUCAACGAUUUGAUACGACAUUGUAGUUUCAAUUGAUGACUGUAGAGAU